AUGGGUAAGCGAAAAAUAUUUAAUAAUGAAGGUGAUGAUGAUGUGAAUGCUGAAAAAGUUGAAAUGGAUGAAGAGUCGAGUUCGUCGCACAUAGAUGCCGGAUGCUGGUCUAAGCAGAAGCUUAAGCAUAAACGUGGCAACCGAGUAAUUUGUCCGGGCAUUGAUACACUUUCUUAUAAACAUGCAAAAAGAUUGAUGAAGCGGAAUGAGAAUUGUGGAUUAGUUGAAAUCGUUGAUCAGCAACAUAUCACCAUUGGUUGGCAUCAGUGUGGAAAUGCAAAUGAGGCAGUUCAUCAGAUAUUAACACGAAUAAUUGGUCGUUACUAUCCUCGGCUUAAUGGAAUUCCACUGGCUAUCGGUAAAAUAAGUUUUCCGGAAGAAAAUCACAAAAUAUUGGCUGAUCAGCCAUGUUUGCACAUCGAUGUUUGUCUGAAAAUUAUAAUUUUUCGACCAGUGCUGGGAAAGACUUAUGAUUGCGUAGUAACAUCUAUAAGUGACACCAUUGUGGCAGCCAAUAUUUUUAACGCAAUAACUUUUACCGCUCAUUUAAUGAAUGGAAAGAAAAAACCCAACAUAGGAGAUAUUAUUUCUAUUCGUUAUGUUAGUUCAAAUUUCAAAGGAUCACUUUGCCAAAUGAAAGGAGAAUUACUUUAG